AAUCAGCACGCAUUGUUUUCUUUGACCCAACCUUUCACACCAUGUCUCACUGAAUUGUCAGUUCGCCGCCAUCCAUCCGACCAACCAACCAAGACACUACUGUGAUCUUCCCAUCCAGAGGACAUCCAGAAACCGAGGGAGACCACUUCAACAGCCAUGUUUUGGUGACCGUGCUGUAUCGCUCUCCAUCUGUUCCAUUUGGCACCAGGACCGUCCCAUCCAUCAUGAGCCAGCCUUACCAUGGCCGCCUCUGGCAGCGAUCUUCAUCUCUCGGAUGAGGUGUGGCUCUUAGUUUGCACUUACUUGGAUGCCCUCUCGCUCAUUGCCAGUUCUCAAAGCGGCAUUCCCGGAUUGGCACGCAGUGCUCUGGACAAGAGUCGGUGGACCCACGUGGUGGUUCAACCCCAGACCCAAAGCAAGUCCGCCAUUCGGCCAGUCGUGGCCCAUUUGGGACCGCACACGCAAUCCUUGAUUGUUCGGGGAAAUAACAAGCAUUUUGGGAAAAAACGUCCCAAGGGCGCCCGAGAGAUCGUGUCCACGGCUUUCAUGCAAGGCGUCAAACUUCAUUGCGUGAAUUUGCGUCAUUUGAGUUUGGAAUAUCAGACCAUCGACAUUCAUACGGGAUUUUUGAAACUUAUCCCCAAGAGUGUCACGCAUUUUUCGUUGGAAGGCACGCACCUCACGAACCUACCCAUGGUCCGCACCACGGUCAUUUCGCCGCUUUUUAAAAUCUACAAAUUCGUGCCCGCCCUUGAGGAGCUGAAUUUGGUGAACACGGACUCUUGGAACAUUUUGGACGAUCUUUUAGGACCGAUUAAGACCCCGACGAUUCGAAAAAUCCGUCUAACUCAUCGAACCUUGAAUCGUGCUCCCGAGGGUCAUUGGGAUAACACGGCCUUGAAGCCGCACCCUUUACAAGGCCUCCUGCCAAGAAAUCGAAUUCGAGCCCCUCGCGAUGGGCGUGCUCCAUAGGGCGUUAUUCACGUGGUUUAUUUGUCUAAUAUUUUUCAUCCUCCUCGUACUGAGACUGGAUGGCCGAACCCGAUGGUCCUGGGGCAUUGUUUUCAUCCCCAUGUGGCUUCACGAUACCAUUUUACUCAUUUACCUCAUUUUCAACAUGAUAAGCCAUCGCAGCAAUGGUCAUGAUCGACCUUUGAGGCCGAUGAAGCGGAAGAUAUGGUAUCUAACGGUUGCGUUAUUCAAGAUCACCACCGAGAUCAUGAUUUGCAUCAAGUUGGAGCACCCCGGAACAUCGAUGGAUAUCUCUUUGUACUUCGUACUGAUUCCAGUUUGGAUCGUCUUGCCUGUGACGGCUAUCGAUCUUUUCCAAACACUAAUAGCAAACAAAACCUAACCACCCAAAAUAUUUAAUACAAAUAUGUCAGAUUCAUUGACUCACCUUCAAUCUCGAGACGUCUCAGCCAGCAAUAACUACAAGUUUUGCCGCUCUCCAAAGUCGGACACAGAAAUCCGCGCUCACCCUUGCGACAACAAUACGCAUCGGAAGCACGAUUGGUCAUUGAAGCCGCCACGAAGCCUUUGCAAACCUGAUCAAGGAAAUGGCGAAAGGUGGAUAAAUAUUAAAUCUCGCGAAAUCGUUCAGUUGCAAUUGUUCGACGAGUUCAGAUAUGAAAUGCCAAAGACAUGUUAUUUUUAUUUUUGCAAAAAAAUCCAGUAAAGCUUUGUUUUUACCUCGCAA